UUGCCCAUCAGCGAUUACUGCCGCAGCAUGUACACGUCAUUGGUAACCUUAAUCGCGUUGGCAGCCUGCGCCGUGGCAGCGCCUGCCGACGAGCCAAUACUGAUCGUCAGCCAGAGUCAGGACGGUCCCAAUCCGGAUGGCUCGUACAAGUGGAGUUACGAGACUGCAAACGGUAUCAAGGCCGAGGAAGAGGGCCACCUGGAGGACGCCGGCAGCGAGAACGAGGCGAUGAAGGCAGAAGGUGGCUUCAGCUACUCCAGCGACGACGGCCAGGCGAUCUCCCUGACCUACGUAGCUGACAAAAACGGUUUCCAGCCGGUGGGUGCUCACCUGCCCACCACACCGGAAAUCCCACCGCUGAUUCUGAAAGCCCUCGAGUGGAACGCGGCACAUCCGUCCAAGGAUGACGAGAACCAGGUGUAAAACCGGCGACCGGCACCGCGGUCCAGCAUGUGAUCUCACGGUCUCUGACGAGUAAUUGUUAUUUCCGCCACGAGAAUGGAAGAUGAUCCACGAUAAUGAACCCACGGUGACGUCGCCCGCGUGUCGUCGUCCUCGCCCCUGAAACGAACACGGACUGCUCUGGUUCAAAUUGUUGUAAAUAUUUAUUGUAAUACGCGGUAUCCCACACACACACAAC